GAAGUCAGUCAACCCGGUGACGGCUUCCAAGAAAGUGCUGUCCUUCAAAGCAGCGCUUUACCGGCUUCGCGCACCCGCGAAAGCGUGAUCGUGUGUGAUCCACAAAAUAUGGAUUCAUCCUUGGUGCAAAAAAUGCACCAUAAUUCACUAAUUAAAAUAAUUUAUUAUCAAUUUUGAACCAAAAAUUAAAAAACUAUUUUGCAAAAAUAAAUAAAAGUUAAUAAAAAAAUUUUUUCUCUAAAUGGAUUAAAUUUCCAAUUAAAAUCAUCAAAUGUGUAAAAUUUUUGCAUAUAUAGAACGAAAGGUGUGCGCGAAUACUUCCGCAUGUUUUUUUUUUUCAUUGAGCAAUGUUAAAGUGCAAAUCCUUUGGCGAUUAUCAUUCUUAUAGUGCAUUUGUGAGUGUGUGUAAGUGAAUGUGUUGGUAAUUAGAUCCGAGAAAAUUACUCUGGCAGGUGAAAACAGUUUUCGUCGAAAUACGAAUAAACCUGAAAUUAAGAAAUUUUCCAAGUAAACUGAAGUUCUAUAAAAAAAAAAAAAAAAAAUUGGCAAGAAUCUUCUUUGCAAUUCUACCUCGUCUGAAACUUGAGAAAUCCUCCAGGAAGAAAUUAAAGGAAUUGUUUGGGACUCUAAUUCGAUAUUUGUAGAGGGUGAAAAAAAUAGUUUUUUCUCAAAUAAAGAAUUUUUGCCAAUAUUGUUGAUAAAUUUCCCUAAGAAAAUAAUUAUUGAAGUGCAAAAAUAAAAAUUUCAAUACAACACAACGAGUAAAACAGUUAAACUGAAUUAUUAUUUAAAUUGAAUUAUUUUUUAAAAUUGUACCCUAAAGGAGUAUCUAAGUAUUAAAAAAAAAUAUCUAAAAGAGUACCUAAAGAAAAGUUCCAAUUGAAUAAAAAAUUCGAAUAUUUGAAAAAAGAGAUUUAAAAUAAAAAAAACUUGAAGGAUCAUAAUCAGUAGAUCUGAAUGGACGAGAAAUAAAAAAAAAGGAAGAAUAUUGCGAAACUAUAUCCGUAGUGUCUGCGAGUGUCUAUAAGGUUUGAAACUACUCAAGUGUUGCGCGCUUGUGCUAACAGCUAGUGGCUAAUUAGACGAGUGAGUGUCCUGGAACGCUUGAUGAAACAAUGCACAAGCGUGGAGUGAAAUAAUAACAAUAAUAAUAAUAAAAAAAAGUUUUUCAGUGUCUAGAUCUUUUAUAUUUUCAAAUUUAUGUGAUUUUACUCCUAUAAAUUCCUCAAUAGUGUCCUCGGCCUAAAAAUCAUAUAACGUGUUUUACGCGCUCCCAAUAAUUGAAUUCUGUAUAUAACUUUUAACAUUCCACAUAACUUUAAACACUUAAUUACAAAAUUUUUAUUAAAAAUAAUUUCUUUAAAAAAAAAAAACAAAAAAAAUUCCAAUUAUCAACUGAUACAUUCUAAUAUACAGGGAAUGAAAAUUCGUUGGUAAAAAUUCACCAUUCCUAUAUAGAUAUAUACCUGAAUCGAAGACCUUAAAAUUCGCUCGAAGCGCUGCUUUCGAACGAACGGGGGAACAAAAAAAAAAAAAGAGGGAAAAAAAAACGAUUGCGGGAAUAACCGGUUUUCUAUAGAGCCUUGGUUUGCACGUGGAGUUAAAAAGGAAGAGGGAAUUCCCGGAUUUAAGGAAAAAAAAUUCUUCUUGAAGAGCAAAACAAAAAAAAAAUUGUUCAAUUUCUGUAAAAAUAAAAACAAAAGUAAUUAAAAAUUCGUGAAUAAAAAGAAAAGAAAUAUGGAGGAAGAAUUACGAUGUUCAGUUUGUAAGGAAUUAUUUAGUGAUCCUGUACUAUUACCAUGUUGGCACGCGCUCUGUCAUGGUUGUGCUGUCAAUUUACAAGCGCCACCUGAUUCACCGCCGGAAUCAACAACUGAUUCAACAAAUGCACCAGGCUCCGAUCAGGAAGCUGAUAAAUUGUCAAUUUUGUCGGAAACUGAUUCCGGUGUUGUUUGUAGUAGCACAUCAACUGGUUCAAGACCAGGAAGUUAUGUUGGAACACCCGGAAACGGUGGUUUCCCACCCUCUGGCGGUACUCUAUGCUUGUCAUGUCCGGUUUGCCAAAAGACGGUCUACUUCGAUGAAGGGGGUGCUCACAAUUUACCCAAGUACAGGGCAAUGCAACGUAUUAUUGAAAAAUAUCUUGAAUCGAAGAAUAUUAAACUUCAGUGUCAGAUGUGCGAGAAUGAACCCAAGGAUGCAACUGUUGCGUGCGAACAAUGCGAGGUUUUGUAUUGUGACGCCUGUAGGGAGGCAUGCCAUCCAAAUAGGGGACCCUUAGCGGCACAUAAUUUGGGCCCACCACGAGGCAGAUGGCAGUCAAACGGCGGAAAAAGUGUACGAGGAACUGGUCACGACAGUAACCUGAUUUGUGCCGAUCACAACGGAGAAUCAGUGGGCCUUUAUUGUGCUCAAUGUAAGAUUGCUGCCUGCUCACUUUGUUCACGAGAUCGUCAUGGGCUUCAUUCCUCCGAUGUUCUACCAUUGGCAGCCGCCUGUAAAGCACAAAAGACGGAACUGUCACAAAAUCUGCAGCAGUUGUCGGAGCGUGCACGUUCUACAACGGAGUUCAUUCAAAGGCUAAAAGGAAUGACAGAUAAAGUGCACGAAGAAUGCUGCGCCCUGGAGAAGGAAGUUGAAGAAAGGGUGAGCAAUCUCGUGAGUAUGCUUCAGGCCCGGAAAUCAAGACUGAUUGAGGCAGCGAGGCAAACGAGGGAGGCCAGAGUGCGAGCAUUAAGGGAUCAGGUGACUCGAUGUGCCACCCAUCUGCAAACGACAACGGCCCUUCUCACCUUUUGCAUCGAGGCGCUCAAGGAAACUGACAGCGCUGCCUUCCUUCAAAUCGGCGGGAUGCUUUCCGUGAGAGCAGCCACAGCAGCCAGUUCCUGGGGUGGCGCUGAGGGUGUUCAGGAAAUUGCUCGACUUCCUCUUCUAGACCUCACUCUCGAUGACAAACCACUACUACGAGCCAUCGAUCAGCUUACAUUCGUUCAAAUGAAACCAUCCGAAGGAGAAGAUCGAUAUCCAACUGCAGCGCCAGGAGCACCACUUCUUGUACCAAAAGAAUGCAGCGCCGAAAACAACAGCGUUACAAUUGCUUGGAAACCACCACUUGGUUGUGGACAACGAGGUCCUUCAAUUGAAGGAUAUCUUCUCGAAUUGGACGACGGAUGCGACGGUGAAUUUAGGGAAGUAUAUUGCGGACGAGAGACGAUCUGCACGGUAGAUGGAUUGCACUUUAAUUCACUGUACAAUGCACGGGUGCGAGCUUUCAACAGUGCUGGAGAAGGGGAAUACUCGGAGCUGAUAGGUUUACAGACCGCUGAGGUGGCUUGGUUUUCAUGGGCGACAGGAGAUUCUACAAUACCACAGGAAGUUUCUAUCUCCGAGGAUGCAAUGAGUGCUUCCUGCGAAGGAUACGAACAUCGAGUAGUCCUUUCAGGCACAGGAUUCUCUCGAGGAGUCCACUAUUGGGAACUUACAAUUGAUCGGUAUCCCAGUGACACAGACCCUGCUUUUGGAAUUGCACGAUGUGACGUUUCUCGAGAUCAAAUGCUUGGAAAGGACGAUAAAGGCUACAGUAUGUACAUCGAUCGUUCGAGAUCAUGGUUCAUGCACGGUGGCGGUCACGCCCAAAGAACAGACGGUGGUGUUCAACAAGGUUCAACAGUUGGCCUUCUUCUUGAUUUGGACACAACUCAUACAUUAAGAUUUUUCGUCAAUGAUCGUCCACAGGGCGGUGUUGCAUUUCGUGAUCUCUAUGGCGUUUUUUAUCCGGCAGUAAGUCUUAAUCGUGGUGUCACUGUCACUCUUCAUACAGCCCUCGAUGUUCCUCGUCAUCUUCUCGAUCUACAUGAAGAGUACAUGAGCGAUGUUAUUCAAAGCUAGGGGUACCUAUCAGUCCUGAAAAAGGGCCUCUUUCAAGAGAUCGGUUAUCCUUGCUCAUUUACAAUUGAGCGAAUCAAGGAUUUAAACGAUAGCCUACAAUUGCAGACUCUUGAAAAAAUUAUCGAAGAAACACCAAGCGAGACUAAUUGUUGUGGUACUGAAUUUUAAAUGGUCAAAAAAAUAUUAACAAUAUUUUUUAAUUUCAUAUUGUUUCUAACAAAAAAAUUGUAUAAUUUAUAAAAAAAAUUAGUUUUUUAAAAAAUUUUCUAUAAAAAAAAAAUUAUUAAAUAUUUUCCUAAUAUAUUUAAAAGGUUACAGAUUUUUAUAAAAAAAUAUCUGUAUUUAAUGAAAAAAAUUGGAAUUCGUUUGCUUUAACUAAUUCUUUUUCUUAUUCUAUUAAAUAUUCGAAUCACUUCGAAAUGUGAUUUGAAAAUUAAUAAACCAAAAUUUGUCGUUAGACUACAAAAGAUUGUAGAAUAUAGUAUAUGUAUAUUAUUAAAAUAAUUUAAUUUGACCUUUAAGAAAAAUUAUUAAGCGAAAAAAUAAUAUCGCAAUUAUCAAAUUAACGUGUGUUUAAAAGGAAAAAAAAAAUGCACGCAUUUUUCGAAAGACUGUACUUUCUCACGUUUAUACGUUGGAGCUUGAAUUUAUCCGAAUAUCCAUCGUACCUUCAUAUCAUAUCGUAUAUUUAUAAGUGUUAUUAAAAAUUGCGCUGACAUAAAUGCGCAUGAAAAAAACAACAACAACAACAAUAAAAUAAGCGAGCAAUAAGAAAUAAAUUAUUAUUAUUAUUAUUCAAAGGCAUGAAUUGAUGAGUGAAUAAAUUAUAAUAAAAGAAUAAAUGUAUUUAUGAAUGAGACAAAAAAAAAAUAUAUCUAUAAAUAAGAUGAAUACUCGAUAUAGAUAACUUCAAGACAGUCGAGUGUAAAAUAAAUGUAUACUGUUUCUAGUCUUUAUAGAUUUCUCGUCUUUCUACUUUCUCAUGUUUCUAUCCUUCCCCUCCAAAAAAGAUAAAUAUUCUUUGUUCUUUAAUUGUUAUAAUACGUUUUUUGCUACUUGUCGCCUUUUAUACAUAUUUGUACGAAACAUUGUGAAUACAAGGACCCGAUAUUAUGUUUUAAGAGAUCGUAUGUAUAUAUACGUUCUAAAUUACAACAGCAGUAAUGUAGGGUUUCCGUGAUAAGCCGAUUUAAAGGUAAAAAUCGAACACUCAACCGAAGGUGAGAAUCACAUUGUAUAUAUUUGUAUAUAAAAUACUGCCGAUCAAAUUGCCAAGUGUAUUAUUAUUAUUAUUAUCAUCAUUGUACUCAAUCAAUAAAAUUGCAUCAAAUAAA